AUGAAGUUCUUCGUCCCUGCCUUCCUUUUCGCUGCUACCGCCAUGGCCCUGCCUGGCUCGGGCUCUGCCGCCGGUGUUGCUCCCGAGUCCGACAACAAGGUCAAACACGCAGUGAACCAGUGUGGUAACGGUGCUGAGAUGUCUUGCUGCAACAAGAUCAACAAGAACGAGGGUGUCAGCCAGAACAACAUUGGUGCGCUCUCCAAUGUUCUCGGUAUCAUUGGCGGCGACGGUCUCGGCCUCGGCCAGGGCUGCACCCAGCUUGACAUCCCUGUUUCUGUUCUUGGCGCUGCUGGCUUGACUGACUUCCUCAAGAAGAACUGCCAGCAGAACAUUGCCUGCUGCCAGAACUCUAACUCCCAGGCUAACAACAACCUCGUCGGCGUUGCCGCCCCAUGUCUCAGCUUCGGCGGCCUUCUGUAA